GCAUCAGAUCGGCUUCAAAAGUAGCGCCGAGUGUCUACAAACGAACGGGCGGGGUGCAUGAACACAGUAGACGACAUGUUUGCGGGGCACUCAAUCGCAACACCACGAAUACAUCAGGAAUACACACGUUUGGUCUUGUGCCAUCUUGCCUCAUUCCACCGUCCAUUCGUUCAUCUUCUUCAUGGUGCGCAUCGACAGCUUCAAAGAGGCUUCUGAGGCCUUCAGGGCCCAUCUCCCUGACCUCUCCACUGACCGCUUCACUACCGCCGCCCGACAAGAUGUCUACGAGUACGCCCGCUUCUUCAAGGAAAAUCAUGCUCCUCCAUGGCUUUUCGAAUUGACCCAGGCAUGGGAGAAAUUGUAUGCUGAACCCUUCAAAAGUGUCACAACCGACGGUGUCGUGCGAGACGGGCUGUUCACGGUGCAGGAUGAGGGCCUGGAUAUCCAAACAGUCGCCAACGCUGCUGAGGAGCUCCUCGGAAAAUUGGAUUCCGAGCAGAAAGACAAACUGCAGUAUCCAGUGACUGCUAGAGAAUGGCGAGCAUGGUCGAAUCCAGAGAUAUUGCUCAGACCGUUUGGCUUGCGCCUAGAGGAAGUUCGCGAACCCAUCUGUGAAGCGAUACUACGUCUGAUCGAGUCCUCCCUGUCGCAAGAGGGCUAUCAAAAAGCAUUAGGCGCAAUGCGCAUCAACCACUUCUUGGGAGAGAUUGUGAAGCUUCCUCGCAUCAUGAACCAAUUCUCAUACAACUUCCUCCUCUUCGGUUCCCCUUCAGCGCUGCCCUCGUCACCGUGGGGCUGGCUCCUGUACGGCCAUCACCUCUGCCUGGCUGUCUUCUUCCGAGGACCUCAAGUCGUCAUAGCGCCGACAUUCACGGGCGCAGAACCGAACAUCAUCGAUGCCGGCGAAUGGGCCGGAACAGAGAUCCUGCGCAAAGAGGGAGACCUCGGUCUUAAAUUCAUGCAGAGUCUCCUGUCCGAACAGCAGAAACGUGCACAGACAUACGAGCUACUGAAGGAUCCGGCAAUGAAGCAGGACGGCGACCUGCUGACGGAUCGCUGGAACCGGGACGACCAACGCCAUCUGUGCGGCGCCUUCCGCGAUAAUCGCAUCGUCCCUUAUGAGGGUAUAACCUGUUCCUCGUCGGAGCUAUCCGAGGAGCAACAGAACCUGCUCUUGGAGAUCUUGGAAGAGUUCAUCAUCUACCUCCCGCCCAAGUCCCGAGCUCUUAAACUGGCCGAGAUACGAAAGCACCUCGACGAGACGUAUUUUAGUUGGAUUGGCCGCUAUGGGGACGACGAUCCUUUCUACUAUCGCAUCCAGAGUCCCGUCAUCCUCGCCGAGUUCGACCAUCAUUCUGGUGUUUUCCUGUCGAAUACCGAGCCUGCGAAGUUCCACACGCAUACCAUCGUCAGAGUGCCGAAUGCGGGCGAUUAUGGUCAGGCGAUCCGCGAGCCACAACAUAGGCUGUGAAAAUUGUUUUAAGUGAUUCUCAUUUUCAUGUACUGUACGAAGUGUAUUGUGGUUGAUUAUGCUGAGACACGGUGCUCUCAGACCCGUUGCAGGCAACGACAGGGUAUAAUAUAAACGAAAUUCGAUCUAUGCGGGAUAUCGACCGCUAUAUGACAAACGAUGAUGACGAGUUGGAAGCGGAAUAG